AUGAAAUUGAAGAACACGGCAGGUGGACCGGCAGCCCCCAUGAUGGUCACUACCGGCGCAGCAAAAACCACAACAACAACAACAACAACAACAACCGGCCUUUACAGCAAUGCGGUACACAGUGGCGUAGAAAUGAAUGCCCUCUUUUACAGGUUGGUUCGUGCUGAAGCAGAGUGCAGCGAGCUUCGCGGCACCAUCACCAGUCUCCAGGAUCGAAUUCAGGCCAAUGAAGACCGCAUUCAGGCCAACGAAGAGUUCUUGCACAACAGCGACAUCCCCAGUGGCUUCUAG